AUGGCCGAGGUCUUUUACGUGUCGCCGGAACACACGUACCAUGCGCCGCACGUGAUCCGUGCCUCCAAAACAAGGCACCUCACCGCUUUGGCUCCUUUGCUCAAAACGUUCUUCAAAAGAGCCAACGACGAGCACGACGUCAACAACGUCACAGUGGUAGUGUUGCAUGUGGCAGCGCCAUUCUCUGCAUCGCCUCAAUCACUGACAUUCUCCGAACUAGAUUCGCUUCCGUUUGUCGAUCGCGCGCUUCUUCUUCGGUACUUCUUCAGCCACAUGAACUUGAUCGUAGUGUCUACGGACGAUAUGCGUCGUGAAGCAGCUGUUUCCGAGCUCAACAAGGCCAUCACCAAAAUCGAAGGCCUCUUGAAAAACCGUAUUUCUCGUGUCGCUACGUGGACUGGUACCGGCACUAACAUCAACGACGUAUACGCAGCUAAGGCCUCCGGCGAACAAGUUCAGAUAUCAGAGAUCGUGGCCACAAUGUCGUUCCUCGUGCACCACCACGCCAACAUGUCAUGUGCCACCCAGCAGCAUGUGGAGGCGCUCAAGAACGUGGUGUUGCGGUCCAUUGACUUCUCGCUGUUGUUGCAGAGUCAUUCUGAGACCCGGCGCCGCCAGCUCUGCCACAUCGUGGGCCACUGGUCGUUUCCGGCACACGAGCUUUCUUACGACGACUUGGUGUAUUGCGUGUAUUUGAUGUUGGCUUAUGCGCUAGGUCACGUGCACGGGCAUGUCAGCCAUUCUGCCUCCACCUUCCCCCAUCUCGACUUCCCCGGCCUUGAAAUCCCCACGCCCAACGAACUUUUGGCCAUGGUGUUCAUGGUCAGGGACACCUACAAAAGCGGCAACUCGUUCCACAACUUCCGCCACGCGGUGGACGUGCUCCAGGCGUGCUUCCACUUUCUAAUUCGGCUCAAGUGCUUGCCCGAGUUCGAGCAGCUCGAGCUCGACCCGCGGGCCCUGGGGUCCGAAUUCCAGUUGCCAGAAACCAAGACCUAUGCAUCUCCGGAACUCGUGGCCCGGCCUGCAUCUGUGUCCGAAUCGGCUGUGAAGGCCGCUUCUGGAAACGCGCCUGUGCCCCUUUUAAAUUCCUUGCAAAGCCUUGGUCUCAUGAUUGCCGCAUUGGGCCACGACGUGGGCCACCCUGGUGUGACCAACGCAUACAUGAUCAAACACGCGUCGCCAACUUCGCAGCUCUUUGGCGACCGCUCGGUCUUGGAACUGUUUCACGCAUCUGUUUUUGUUAAUAAGAUCCUCAACAUCAACUGGCCGAGUCUCUUGGCCGCAGAGUCUAGUCCCCAGCCCAACGAGUCGCUCGCACUCAAGGAUCUCAUUAUCAACAGCAUUCUUGCCACCGACAUGGCCGAGCACUUCGAGUACGUCAGCAAGCUCAAGAUGUUGGAGCUCAGUUCGGCCGAGCAGACCAGCGACAAAGUCAAAUUGAUCUGCUCCUUGCUCAUCAAAUGCGCCGAUAUCUCCAAUGUCACUCGGCCACUCCGUGUGUCGUCACAGUGGGCGCUGGUACUUUCACAUGAGUUCUCGGAAGUGGAGGUUCUCGAGCGGGCCGUCCAGAACGACCCUACAAAAGUCGCGGACGCGGUAUACCCGCAGUUACCCUAUUCUUUGGAUGACAUACUUGAGACCUACCCUGGCAUACACAAGGGCCAGAUUUUCUUCAUCCAGACUUUUGCCGAGGGCUUGUUCAGGAGUAUAGCGGAGCACUUCCCUGGCUUGCAAUACACAUCGGAGAUUAUGGAGGAGAACAAGCAGUUCUGGUUAGACAGGGCAGAGGAGAUCAGGGCCGAGGGCAGCAGCGCUUAG